AUGGCUCAGAACCCUGGCAAAUCGAAUCCUGCAAUCUCGAAGAUUAUCGGCGACAUGUGGAAAAAUGCAACCGAGGACACACGGAAAGAAUGGCAGAACCAUGCUGACGAAGAAAAACGGCAACAUAUGGCUAGAUACCCGGACUAUCGGUACCAGCCUCGGAGGUCGAACAAAAAGGGAAACAAUGCCUCUUCUCGAAGCCCCAAUGACUCGACCGGCGAACCUUCUCGGUGUUCGAGAUGUGGUGGCAGAACUGGUGCCUAUUCGAUAACGGAUUCGUAUCCUAUUCUGCCCAUUCCAACAGUUACGGCACCUUCCAUGCCUGGGGGACCAUCGAGAAGUGGGUCUAUACACGGCUUACUCGGCCCAUCAUCGUCACCGUUUGGUCGACAACCUAGUCCAGGAGAACACAAACGGAAACGAAGCGAUGAAGUGGGUUACCACCAUGGAGCAGAAGCUCUAUUACAACUUGGCUCGCAUGAACGAGACUAUCCAUCAAGAAGUAUGGCUCCUCCCACCUCCACCUCCACUACUAUCACCAGUACCACAAAACCUCCAGAUCCACCAGAAAGAGACAAAGUAAUGGAUACAAGCCCACCGCGGUCCUUGAAGAGGAGACGGAUAGGUAAAACAAUUACUAUCAAAGAUGAAAAAGAUGCACAAAACGAAAUACCUCCUACAAGUUCUAGCAACCUUAAAGUUAACACAAUUACAUCUCGGACAGCUACUUCCCCAGCUAUGAGCUACCAAAGUGACCUCCCGCUUGCAGGGGACCGACGUGCCUCCGACCCAGCAAACUAUCGCCAAUUCCAACAACGACAUGAAACGUCAUCGUUCUCCACGGAUUAUCUGGAGCCUCACCACUACUCCAGCCCACAGAUGCAUAUGCAGCAAAGAAAUCCAACAGCGACAGACCGUCAGCAGCCAACAACCUCAACACCAACAUUGCCGGGUGUCGAAAAAAUCCAACAAAUACAACGAAUCACAAGACCGUUAUCGAAUCGAUCCCUCGCCGCUGCCGGUGGCCCCGGCCAAUCACCAAUGCUAUCUUCAGCAAUGGGAAGGACAUUCUUGAUAUCAGUCGAAGUAGGAGAUAGUAGACUAGCCGCCGAGCUCUCGUUCAUUCUCCAUUCCGAACUUUUGGAACGAUUUAGAACUGUUGUAGUCCACCAACUUAUGGAUAUUACCGAAUGGCGACAGUUCUUACAACAUCCUAGCGCUUCGGGUCCCGAGGAUUUGGCGUCAGAUUACCUUCGUGCCGUUGCUGCGGCCAGACGACAGUUUGAGGCUAUAGUUGUGAAUGCUGCGGUUGCUUAUGAACAAGGUAGUAGCGGGGGGCCAUCUUCCGGCUCUUCUGCGCCUUCAGUUGCUUCGCCGUGGGAUCAACGGGACCACAGACAACCGCUAGGCCCCCCAGGAGCGCAGUUUCGAUCACCGCAGCCUAUUAUAUCGAUUUUGCAACAGUAUAUACUUACACAUUCAGCGACUGCUAGAAGACGGCUCUCUCCAAAUGGAAAUGUGAGCCCUGUCUAUACUUCGGAAUGGUGUAUUGAUGUUUGGCGAGGGAGUCCUCGGCCUAAUGUUACCAUAACCGUAAGGUCUGAUGAUCCUAUGGGUCCAGUCCAAGUUGAAGAUCCAGCCCUUGGGUUGAUCAGUAUUCCACCUCCAACUGGGAACCCAAGCUUAGGCGGGAAACCAUGGAAGUCUCAGAUAAUUAGAAGGUUAGCGUUUGAGAUUACUGAAUUCAUUACAAGCCGGUACGGUAGCAUUUGA